GAAGAUAGUGAGGGAACAAGGCACGGUACCAAUUGCACUGGCUGAAGUUGAGGUCUAUGGGAUUCUUUUUUCAAGUAAAACAAAAUCACAAAAUGUGGCAAGAGAAGGGACAGCUUCUCAGAUUGAUGAUUGGAUUUCACGUGAAAAAAAGAUUUGGGGACCAGCCAAUAAAGCUAUUGAUGGAAAUUUCAAUGGAGUAUGGGAAACUAGUCCCACAAACUCAGUUACGUGCACGUUGACACGAGGACCGAAUGUUUGGUGGAAAGUUGAUCUGCAUCACCUUCACUUCAUCCACAAUAUCUUGAUAUACAACAGAAUGGUAGAAUACCAAUCACGUAUAGAUGGUACCACAGUUCAUAUUGACGAAUAUCAGGUGUUAACACUGGAGUAUAGGGAAGAUAAGAACCCCUUCAUAGCGGACAACUUGUACAGGAUAGGAUCAGAAGUGACAAUUCAAGGUGGUACAGGAUCUAAUGCGUAUCUCAAUCUAGCUGAAGUACAAAUAUACGCAGAUCGGCUGCAAAAGAUAGGAGCAGAAAGUGCAACACAAAAAGACACCUAUACAGAUAGCAGUUCCAACACAUACACAGCUGAUAGGUGUAUUGACGGCUUAGUGGGUCCCCCUAGCUCUCACUCAUCUAUUUGUCAUACCUUAUCUGCACCACCUGGGGAGGAAGCAUGGUUCCAGAUGGAAUUCUCAGAAACGCACUGCUUUCAUGUAAUUCAGAUAGUUCAACAUAAAACGGACAGUCACAGUCAGGCAAUGACUAUGAACAAUGCUAAAAUACAUGUGAUUGAUAAGAUAACGGAUAAAGGCAGUCUCUGCGGAACGCUUAUCAUUAGAGAGGAAAUGACGCUCCAAGGACAGAUAUACGCCAUAGAAUGUGGUCAAAUGAGCUGUGGAAACUUGAUAAAAGUCAGCGUGGUUCAUCAAAGUACAGAAACACUGGCUAUCAUUCAUAUGAGAGAAAUCACAGCUUUCGUCACAACAGAUUGCAAGCGUCUACCCUCGAGGUUCAUAAAAACAGAUUCAGCUCUCCCAGUAACAGCAAACACUGUUCUCAAUCUGUCCUGUGAGGAUCCUUACGAGAUUGAAGGAGCAAGACAAGUGACCUGCAACCCGGGGAAACCUUACUCUUACGGAGGAAACGGCCAGCAACCAUCUGCAGCACAGGUUGCAUGGACCUACCCUGGAGUCCCAUGA